CAGAAACGCUUGAGAGAAGUUAGUUAUUCUUCCAAUGGGGCCAAAUUGUAAGUUCCACCGAGCGUAACACAUCAACCUCGGAAGGAAUGGGUGUCCCAAAAUUCUACAGAUGGAUAAGCGAACGCUAUCCCUGUUUAAGCACAGUCGUGCGGGAGUAUCAGAUCCCCGAGUUCGACAACCUUUAUCUAGAUAUGAAUGGCAUAAUACAUGUAUGCUCCCAUCCCAACGAUGCCGACCCCCACUUUCGAAUCACAGAGGAAAAGAUAUUCGCUGACAUCUUCAACUAUCUCGAGUUCCUGUUUCGGAUGAUAAAGCCGCGUAAGACAUUCUUCAUGGCAAUUGAUGGUGUGGCGCCCAGGGCGAAAAUGAAUCAACAACGUGGACGCAGAUUUAGGUCUGCAAGGGAAGCAGAACUUCUGGAGAAACAAGCUAAAGAAAGGGGUGAAGUUUUACCAACUGAGGCUAGGUUUGACUCGAACUGCAUCUCUCCUGGAACGGAGUUCAUGGCUCGGCUGAACGAACAGCUGAAGUACUUUGUCACAAUGAAAAUGUCAACCGACCCCCUUUGGCAGAAAGUUGAAGUCUAUCUUUCAGGCCAUGAGACGCCAGGCGAAGGUGAACACAAAGUCAUGGACUUCAUCCGGACGCAGCGCAGCAAGCCAGACUAUGAUCCAAACACUCGACACUGCCUGUAUGGGCUCGAUGCUGACUUGAUCAUUUUGGGUAGCUGCUCGCAUGAGCCACACUUUGCUUUACUGCGGGAAGAAAUUGUUUAUGGAAAAAAAGAGGACAAAAGGAGGCUGAAUGUACCUGAAGAAAUCACUUUUCAUCUCCUGCACAUUUCACUUCUCAGAGAGUACCUGGCGUUUGAGUUCAGUCCUGUCAGGGAAAAGAUACCAUUUGAGUGGAACCUGGAAGGCAUCGUAGAUGACUGGGUGUUGAUGUGCUUCCUCGUGGGGAACGACUUUAUCCCUCAUUUGCCUCACAUGCACAUUGCAAACAAUGCCCUGCCCACACUGUACAGAACAUACAUGGAUGUGCUUCCCACCCUGGAAGGCUACAUAAAUGAACAAGGGACUCUUAACCUUGAACGGUUUGAGAAAUUUCUCAAGAAACUAGCUGAGUUUGACUACGAGACAUUCACCGAUACUCAUGCCGACAGGAAGUUCCUUGAAUCAAAGCGAGCAGAGAACGGAGAAAAUGGGGUCGUGAAUCAUGACAUUUCAGCAGACUCAAAGAAGGAAAGGGACCCUGAUGAAACACGGCUUCUUGAAAAGUUUGCACAUUUAGACAUUCCUGAUGUAGACAGUGAAGAAGAAGACUUGUUUGAAAUGGAGUUCCGACAGCAUAAACGAGACUACUACGUCAACAAGCUGGAUUAUUCGCAAGUUACUCCAGAUGUUCUUCAAGAGCAAGCUCACGGCUAUGUACGGGCCAUUCAGUGGAACUUGCACUACUAUUACCAUGGUGUUCCGUCGUGGAAUUGGUUCUACCCACACCAUUAUUCACCUUACAUAUCUGACAUCAAGGACUUUAAGGGAAUCAACAUGGACUUUGAUCUAGGGAAGCCUUUCUUGCCAUUUCAGCAGCUAAUGUCUAUUAUGCCCACAGCCAGUAAAAAAUUAGUCCCCAACGCAUACCAGUCACUCAUGGAAAGCGAGGAUUCACCAAUAGUGGACUACUACCCCAGAGAAUUCAGCACUGACCUGAAUGGCAAGCAACAAGAGUGGGAAGCUGUUGUUCUUAUUCCUUUUAUAGAUGAGACACGUCUUCUACCUGCCAUGGCAGAGCAUGAUCCCAGUCUGACAGAAGAGGAGCGUAAGCGCAACGUGCACAGUGGCCACCUGCUCUUCACAUAUUCUCCAGAGCCGUUGGGUCGUUAUGUGUCAACCGAGCCAGCAUUUCCUGAUGUUGAGUUCAAUCAUGCAAGAAUGAAAGAAAUUGGUAAGGAUCGAUUCCAUCUGCCAAAGGACAGAAUAAAAUUAGGACUCCUGAAAGGUGUCAACCACGACACGUACUAUCCUGGCUUUCCGACGUUCAAGCAUCUGGAACACACAGCCAAGUUGAAAAAAGCGAGUGUGAAAGUUUUCCAAGCAUUGUCAAGGAAUGAAAACAUGCUUGUGAGCAUUGUGGUGAGAGAGGAAAAGAGCAUCGAUAAGCUUGCUGCGGCCCUCCUGGGAAAAAUAGUUCUCGUGGAAUGGCCGCAUCUCCUUGAAGCGAAGGUUGUUAGCAUUGCGGACGGUGAUGUUAAAUAUUCGCUGGACCGCAAGGGUGAAAGAAUGUUCUGCGACCUUACGGAAAGCGAGGUAGACAUUUUCGGUAAGGAGGUAGAGUCAAUAACGGACAGGUACCAGUCGCGCUUCGGUGUGCUGGUUGGUCCCGUCAACGUUCUUGUCUACUGCAAGCCGAUGACAGGAAGAAAGUAUGUAUUUGGACUUCGUGGUCGCAUCACUCUGGAAAGGCAGUGGGCACAACAUAAUGUCCCUUUUGCUCUACAAACAAUUGUGCAAGAUAUCCCUACGUACGCCCCAGACAUCCAGGAGUUCAAGACUAUUGAAGAAGUUUUCCCUCAAGGAAAACUGUGUUUCAUGAUCGGUUUCCCUCACUAUGGCUGCCAGGGCGAAGUUGUGGAUUCUAAACUCCAAAGAAAACAAGGACGGAUUUUGAUAAAGUUCGCUAUCCAAAAGGAGCCUGACAUUGAAAGGGUUAAGCGCAACGAAAAGAAUCUGAGCACUCUGCACUUCAUGACUGCGUACCAGUUGGGUCAGAAGCUGGGGGUGAGUGCGCUUUUUGUGUCACGCAUCACUGGCACGGUCUUCGUCCAGAUGAACAGUCGGGAAGCAGAAACGGCCUCACUCGUUAACGUGGGACUCAAUCUCAAGUUCAACAAAUCAAAUGAAGAGGUACCAGGCUACUCAAAGAAAAUGAAUGAGGGCUGGUUGUAUUCGAAUAAGUGCUACGACGUAGUGAAGGAAUACCUGGAAAAGUUCACAGAAUUCAUCGAGAAAAUUCAGAGCCGAAUGGACCGUGACAAGAUCAACGUAGAGGACAUCUUCCCCGAUGGCGCUGGUGCGGAUGAAGUGAGGGAAGUCGCCAAGUGGAUUAAAGGUCAAGGAUGCUCUCAAAUGGGUCGUAUGAAGUGUGGAUCUGAAAUGCUCGACGAGGGCGUCAUCAAAGCAAUUGAGGAGACGGUAGAUGAGCUGCAGAGCCAGCAAGGAACAGAAAAAAGUGUUGUUAUCGAAGUUCUUCCAAAGUCUCUCUACCAGAGUGAGAUGUGCAUGGGCAACAUUAAGCCAGACCCGUCAACGUCUUAUCGGCUCUAUGACCGUGUGGUCAACGUCCGUGAAGGGAUUACUGUGCCUCUGGGACUACGGGGCACAAUCACCGGCAUUUCUAAGACUGCUACUGACAGUUUUACACUCUAUAACGUGGUGUUCGACAAGAACUUUGUCGGAGGCCUCAGUCUCAUGUGUUCACCUGGUCGAGGCUAUCGCAUGCCGGAGGCAUCUCUAGUCAACCUUUCCCAUGGUGCACGCAUCAACCGUGGCCAGCAGAUCUAUGAAAUUCCAGCUAGGAGAGAAGCUCCCUUCGUUCUGACACGACAGCCAAGGCAGCCUCCGCCCGUGGAACCGUGGAGCCAACGUUCUGGGGAAGAGGGCCCCCACGGUUUUCCAAAGCAGGAGAGCCCCAGAAUGAACAAGUUCCACCACUCACCAAACUCUCCUUUUGAACUACAAAAGGUCAGAAAAGAGCCCCCUCUGCCUGUGCAGGAAAACCAUGUGUCUGGCAAGUCAGACUUUACAUCAUUGUGGCAGGGACUCCAGAAGGCAAGCAACGAAGUGCACGACCAGUACAAGAAUGCUGAGGUUGCGACCUCAUCUUCGAUUCAGAGUGCACACCAGGGAGUUCGUGUUUCUUUAGAUGAGCUGUUUAGAGGAGCAGCGCAGGCCAGCAAGACUGGUGAUCUGUCUUCAUCGCUCAGCAAUGCGGAAACACUUUUAGCACAAUAUGUCAGAGAGCACAUGGGUUUGGAACCUGAGUACAGCUACACUGCUCAAGCGCACAAGAAAGUACAAGCCAUUAUCACCUUGCCAAACGGAAAGAAGUUCUUCAGCCAGGUGCUAAAAGACCGAAGAGCAGCUGCCCAAGACGCUGCUCAACAGGCCCUCAACAUUUUGACAAAGGAUUCGAAACACUCCAGAACUCCCCACUCAAUGCCAACAACAGUGCCUGCCCAACGUCCCUUCAUGCCUCCACCGUUUAGCAGUCAGGCAUUGCACUCUCUGGGACCUGCUCCUGGUUCCCUCACCCUGACACGAAUGCCGCCACGCUCUUCAGCUGCCCUCAUCCCCGACUCCUUCGUCGAGAGCAAUCAACAGCUGCUUCAGUCCCUCGAGAACUCCGCACCGGCCGAAAGGAGCCAUCCAGUAUCGUGGCAGACCCCCCGUGUGCCCCAUUCGCUGGUGCAACCAGGGAUCGUCUCUCCUCAGGACCAGGCGCGCAUGCCUUUCUACUGGCUCCCGCAGGCCCAGGAGCUCCUCAGCCCGUCGUACUUCACGCAGACGACGGGUGUGCGCUCCGAGCACUAUGGGAGGCAAGGUCACAGUCCCGGCUACAGCGGGUAUGCCGGCGCGGAGUUUGCCCAGAUCACCGGGGGGCGAGAGAUGAACCGGUACGGAGCGCCGAGGCAGCAGCAUAGGAUGUGGCGCAGAAAAGAACCGGCACCUCAGCAAAGUUCUACUAACCAGUUUGUUCCCAUGCAGGUGCUCCGGAACCAACCCACCACUCCAAAGUCUUCAGCGACUGCUGCCCAUGCACAUAAAAGAAAAGACAAAGAUGAGCCCAACAAGAAAGAUAAAGCAGAAAGUGUGGCAAACGUGUUUCAAGACGACCAAGCCACUCCUCCGGAAACGGAAGCCCUCAAAAAGGGAACGCCAGAGGCGGCCGAGCCCACGAAAAUCCCGUGCAGCGAACACUGUCAAAUCCAAGAAACCCGUACUCCCAGUGUGCCUACGGACAGAACGCAUGACAGUUCAAGAACAUCCAGGCAAAGAAGAUCUCGGCUAGCUGUGAAAUUCAACAGUCAGCCUUCGGGCCAGUGACACUGCGGACGGUGUCUCUCGACUCUCACUGCGCAGCUGUUAUAAAAGAGGUAGAAAGUGCUUUUUUUUUU